UCCUUCCCUCCUCACACACACAGAGCAGGGCUUCUGCCGAGCGGCUGCGGUCGGUGACGGAGGCCAGUCCGGGUAUUUCUCGGGGAAACUGAUUCAUCCGCUAGCGAGGGGAAAAACUUGUUGGUAGCUUGAGCGGGAGUUGGAGUCAACGGCGGUGGAACUUUCUCAGCUAGCUUUCCUCCUCGGCGACUUUUGUUCGCUCUGCUCGUCUGUUGCUGGCAGUAAGACCGUAGUAGAACUCAUCCUGUCAGUUUGUUGGGUUAGUUGUUGAAGAAUGGCUGAUACUACUGCGUCCAGCCCCGCUGGUAACUGCCUGGAGAGGCUGAAAAGUUACACGAAGACCCAGAAAGGCUUCAUCCUCGCUACAGAAAUACUCAUCAGUUUGAUAAUACUCAUCUGCUACGCUUCAUCUAUGUAUGGAGGCUACAGUGCUGUGGCCAUCUGUGAGAUGGUAUUUGCCACCAUCAUGUUCAUCGUCUUCAUGAUGGAGCUAGACAAGCAGUUCCAAGUGGUCCACUGGGUCUGGACUGAUUUAAUCCGUGCUGCCAUCGGUGCUGCCCUUUACCUUAUCACUUCUCUGAUCUGUGUCAUUCAAGGAGCUGGAGAUGGAGCUCGCAUUGCCGGCGGGGUGUUUGGUUUGCUCGCUGGUCUGCUGUUUGCUUAUGACACCUACACCAUCUACUUGCAACUCAAGAACUCCAGAGGUCACUCAGCAGCUUCCACUGAUGACCGAGUUUAAACACUCCAAGAGCAGCAACUGUCAAGAACACAGAAGAAGAACAAAAGUUCAGAAAACAGUGAAUCAGAGAGGAGGAUGGACAGUAAAAUGAACAGGUCGCAGUUCAAUUAGCGCCACUGUAUGGCGUGAACAGAUGAGAAUAAUUUUAAGGUCGUGCCGGAGAGGAGGAUGACGUAGCCAAAGUGAGUGGUGCUGUUCAUGUUGUAUAUCAUUAUUCCAACCUCACUGUACCACAGAUUAAAAAGGAAAAGUUGUCAGUAAUAUGCAAUGUAACACUUUGGUUGAGGUCAUCGAGAAGCUUGCCUAAUACACUUUUCUACUGCUAUGGUAAAUGGUAACUGCCUUAUUUGGACUUGUGAAGUAACUGACGCGAAGAUUGGUGCUUUAGGAAUUUUGUAAUAUCAUACUUUUGUCAAGAGUUUGUGUUCUGUAUUUUCAUUGAGAUUCCUCAGCUGGUUAAACAUUUCCUUUCUGUUAUUUAAUAUUUGCAGUCCCUACAUGUUACAGUGCCUUAAAGUCUCAUUCAAAUUAACCAGUUCCGUCAUCCUUUAUUCCUAAACUUCGAAAUGGUCUCCUAUUAUUGAUCAGCAAUGUUUUUGCUGUUUCUGUACUAAUAGAGUUUAGAGUUCACCAUUAAGACCUGUAUAUGGCCAUUAACCAACCAACCCCAUGUUCCUUAGAAGACAUACAGUGUCAUCCUCCAGUUUUACCUAUUAUCUCCUUUGUUGUUGCUCAGGUUAUGUAUUUUUUUUUUCUUACGUUGUAACACAUUUUUAAGGUGCAGAAUAUUCUUCUUUUGGCAUUUUAUACUGCCCAGUAGUACAGUCCACUUUAAAAAAAAAAAACUUGUCCUCUUUUGAUGAGAAAGUUAAAGAAGAAUUUGUUUUUAAAGACAAAAAACAUUGCCUCAUUUUUAUGUUUUUUAACAUGCUUUACAAGAGUCUGCUCUUUGCAAUUUCACAGUUCAAAGCAGCUUUGCUUUGGGAAAUAAAAGCCAUUGUUACCACCAUGAA